AUAAAGUUUACACUUAAUUUAUUAUGUAGUAAAAAUCGUGGUGGCUAAUACAGUAGUCCAGUUUUAUUAUCACAUGUGGUAGUCGCCACAUUGUAAUGUAUUAUCCAACACGCAAUGUACAAUACCUUCCUUAUCAGUAAUUGUGAACAUCCAGUAGAUAUAAUAGUGUGCAAUGAACCGGUAUCUUGUGCUGCAGCAGCUCGGCGACGGUACGUACGGGUCAGUUGUUCUUGCGCAACGCAGAGAUACUGGAGAAAAGGUGGCUAUCAAACGCAUGAAACGAAAGUAUUACUCUUGGGACGAAGCUAUGAAUCUUCGCGAGGUGAAAUCUUUAAAGAAACUGAACCAUGCGAAUAUUGUGAAACUGCGCGAGGUCAUCAGGGAGAAUGAUACCCUGUACUUCGUAUUCGAGUAUAUGCGUGGUAAUUUGUACCAGCUCAUUCGAGAUUCCGAGCGACCGUUGCCAGAACCGGCGCUGCGCAACAUCACAUUCCAAGUAUUACAGGGUCUUGCCCACAUGCAUCGCCAUGGUUUCUUUCACCGCGACCUUAAGCCCGAGAAUUUACUUUGCGCCGGUCCCGACCUGGUCAAAAUAGCCGAUCUCGGACUGGCAAGAGAGACUCGUUCUCGUCCCCCUUACACCGAAUAUGUGUCUACCCGCUGGUACCGGGCACCGGAGGUGCUGCUCCGCGACCCCCACUAUGGCGCGCCUAUAGAUCUUUGGGCGCUGGGGUGUAUUAUAGCCGAGUUAUAUACGAGCCGCCCGUUGUUGCCUGGGAAUUCGGAAAUAGACCAACUACAUAAAAUGUGCGCAGUACUGGGAACACCAAACUGGCCCGAAGGUCAUGCCCUGGCAGCAUCGCUGCGCAUACGGUUGCCGGCGAGUACGGGCAUUCCGCUAGCACGCGCCGUGCCACGUGCCUCCGCUGCAGCAUUAGCGCUGCUCGCUGCACUUCUGCGAUUCCCACCCGGUGAACGCCCAACCGCCACUCAGGCACUCAGAUAUCCAUAUUUUGCUGUAGGCACUGGCUUAGUACUGGGACCGCCGGCUACACAACCUAGAAGGAACAAUCACUAUGAAGACGAUAAAAGAGCCCCGUCGGCGAUACUCGAGAUGGAAGCAUCCCGCGAAACGGCUCCAAAUACACGAGCAUAUGUAGCGACAACAUACUAUGAUCAAUUUGCGCAUGUUUUAGGAGGAAAAUUGGUGAAAAGUGGCGGACGUGAUGCGGAAGGUAAUGAAGCUGGAGCUACCAUGGAAACGGAACGAGCAGCAUGUGCCUAUUUUGGAGCCACACGGUAUGUCACUGGAGCUCGAGUCGAUACCUCUUUGUUCCGCAGCCUACCGCUACAGUCGCUAAAAGAAGCUGCGGCAUUGGGAAGCAAUCCAACACGAGUAGACUGGGCCGCUAAAUACUUGCGAUGACAUCUCCCCGCUUUCUUCAACACCUGAGUUUCCCCAAUCACAUGCAAUGGAUGAUGUCAGAAGUCAGCGUUAUUUAAAGCAUUUAGUGAUUGUUAACCGUUAUUAACAUGGUGCAGUAAAAUGCUUAUUCAUUAUUUGUAAUACUUAAAAAUGCUAUAUCUUUUAUUCGUCGACGUCAAAAAUGCAAAAGUACGCAAUAUUUCGACAAUUGGUUUGUGGGAUAUUUAUUUAAUAAAUUGUAGGCACUACUCAUUUAUUAUUCGUACUUACCGCUAUACGUAAUAUGUAUAACUCUCAGCCAACUAGAUUAAUUAGCCGUUCAAUUAACA